ACAGCUGCUCUCUUAUGUUUAUCGCUUAACCGCAAACUAACGGGAAAUUCACCUUUCUAACUCCAAAUCGUGAAGUGUUACCUUAUAUAGAUAUAGAUAUGUAUAUAUUUGUGUUUGUGGAUUAUUUUAUGUUUACUUUUACUGGUGUUUAUCAGAAGUCUAAUCGAAUCAGGUGUGGUUUUGAAUCAGUGAUGUGGACUGUUUUUGGAUCAGUGUUUUUCUGAAGAGUUUGUCCGGUUCUUCUGUUCGGACGGGCCCAUGAUCGCGUUGCUUUGAACAUAUUACUGACUGAACAUUGAACGCAGAAACAUGGAGGUCUGAGCUUGUUUUGGGUCCUAAUGUUAUACCUUUACGUCUGGAUCUCUGAAAUAUGAUGUUCAUCUCGUUACAAGUUUCCAGUGUUUUAUGAGGAUUAAUGUGUUCUGGAGGUGUUUUGAUCAUGAGGUCAGUGAAGAGUCUUCUGGACUGGUGUGCUGAUGUUUGUGAAGAUUAUACUGAUGUUCACAUCACUGAUCUGAGUUCUUCAUUCACUGAUGGACUCGCCUUCUGUGCGAUUAUACACAAACACAGACCUGAUCUCAUAGAUUUUCACUCACUGUCCAAACACAAUGUCUACGAGAACAUCCGUCUGGCGUUUGAUGUGGCCGAGUGUAAGUUGGGAAUUCCAGCUCUGUUGGAUCCGGAGGAGCUGAUGUGUGUGGAGGAACCGGAUCUUCUGUCCAUCAUCACUUACAUCUCACAACUCUUCUGUGUCUUCAGUAGAAACUCUCACGACAGUAAGAAGAUUCCUGUGAACUCUGAACCCAACCGAACCAGAACACGAGAGCACAGACUCACACAGUCAUCAGGUGAUGUGAUCAGAUCAGCAGGUAAAAGCAUCUGUGUCGUCUGUAACAAACAUGUUCAUCUCAUUCAGAGAGUUCUGGUGAACAACCGACUGUAUCAUCGCACCUGCUUCAGAUGUAGUCGGUGUCGUCGCUCUCUUCUACCGAGCUCAUACACUGAAGGUUCGACAGGUUCACUGCAGUGCAGUUAUCAGUGUUUACCUGCAUCUGAACACCACCUGCACACUGACACACUUGUAAAUAUUGACUCAAAGAGAGAUAAGACUGAAUCAGAUGGAGACGGGACGAGAGGAAGCGGUCUCACCUUAUUAGAGACUGAUAUACAGAAACCCAAACCUGAACCCAGACAGAGGGCGGGGCCUCAGAAACCUCCACGCCCCGCCCCCAGAUCAAAGGACCGCCUCCCAGCCUCCUCUCAGACCGUCAAGCGUAAGGAACACCCCUGGAUGAAGCUGGUUGAACCGGGACCCUGGCACAAACUCCCGCCCGCUCCGGCCCCCCUCGCGCCCCCUCACUCAUGCGCCAUCCCUGCCCUCAGUCAAGUGUGGCACCGCCACUGGGCCACGAACUUUAACCCCUUCCUGGAGGAAGGUGAGGAAGACACAGUGGAUGAUGUGAGACAGACUCAGCCAUCCGUCAUGGCAUCCAGCCAAUCGUGGAGCAGCGUUCUCGACGAGUCAUGUGACCCGGCUGGUGGUCCUGAGAUUACUGGAUUAACUUCAGUAACUGCUAAACCUGUUUAUCCAUUUGAUCAGUCCAGAAGAACGGGCACAAACCAACAGAAUGAUUCGACUAAAGCUGGUACUGCACAGCCAGAAACUGGUUUAUAUUUAGACUCGUCUGGAGCUGCCGGUGUCGGCGGGUUAGUUAAGACUGUAUCAGGUUUAUCUGUGAAAGACAGAACAGGUUCUGAUUCACCCAAAAAAGACAAAACAUCAGAUUUAAGCAGCACAGAAAGUGUCUUGAAUUCAGCUUUAGAAGAACGUUUUGAAGGACAUAUUGACAAGAAGCGUCAACUUCCUCAUCAGUCUCCCGAUUUAUCGGCCAAUCAUAGUCUUUUUCACUCAGAUGACAUCACACCCUCACAUCUCUCAGCCAAUGAGGUGGAAGCAGCUCCUCUUCAUCAGAAGAAAGAAACACCUUCAUCAUCAUCAUCAUUCAGUCAUGUAAAGAGUCGUAAUCAGACCCCUUUCAACAGUAAAACCUCAGACAAACACAAACCCACGAAUGGUCCCGUCACGCCACGGGCUGCAGCUCCAGGACACGGUUUUCCCCUCGUCAAGAGGAAGGUGCACACAGACGGCCGUGUGUCAGAGGAAGAGGUGUGUGAGGAACAGAGAGAGCUGGAGGAGCGUCUGAUGAGACUUGAGAAGAGAGGAGUGGAGCUGGAGCGGGACAUGAGGAGCAACACCACAGCUGGUGCACGUCAGGAGAGUCUGAUCGUCGACUGGUUCACUCUCGUUCAUGAGAAACACAUGUUAGUGCGCAGAGAUGCAGAACUCGUGUACAUGGUGAAGCAGCAGCGUCUCGAGGAGCAGCAGUGUGAUGUUGAGUUUGAACUCAGACGUCUUCUCAAUAAACCAGAGCGUGAGUGGAGCUCAGACGACAGACGACGAGAACAACAGCUCAUGUCAAACCUGCUGUCAAUCAUCCAACAGAGAAAUGACAUCAUCAGCAGCCUUGAGCAGGACAGACAGAGGGAAGAAGAGGAGGACACGAUACUGACAGCUGUGAUCCAGACGAGAGAUUUCCACACACAGACUGAAAAACAGCCGGAGAAAUGCAACAGGAAGUUUAAACCUCUUCGUAUUUUCAAGUCAAUCGGUCGUAAGAAAAACAGCUGAAAGAGAAGAAGACUUCUAAGAGUCAAACUGUUAAUAAUGUUUAUUUAUAAGGAUAAACUGAACUAUUUCUUUCAGAUUUAAUACAUAUCCACCAUGUUCACAUUUAUCAGUUCAAGAUGUUUAGAUGAUUUCUAACGCUUGAAUUUAGGUACGAUUCUUAUUUAUUGUUAGUGAUUUUAGAGAGACAAUAAAUUCUGGGAACCUUUGUGCAACCAUGCUGCAACGUUUCAUCAAUAAUCAGUGGACAAGCCAUGUUUUGUUUUAAUCUGUUGUUAGCACAGUGACGUCACAUGCUGUCCCACAAUGCACUGCUUGUACUCCUCAUUCACGUGAUAAAACGCAUUUUUCAGUCGUUUUAAAUGUAUUUGACAUGUUGUUUAUUGAUUAUAAUGAUUAUAGUAAGUGUGAAUAUCAUGUAUUUAAUGAAAUAAACGCUCGUGUCGGGGUCACCGUCACUGUACACUCA